AUGCCACCUCCUCCAUGCAACCCCCUCCCCUCCAAAUUCGCCCUCAUCCUCUACCCCGGCUUCCAACUCCUCGACGCCGCCGGCCCCCUCGACGCCUUCAACAUGCUAUCCUACGACCACCCCAUCACGCUCUACAUCCUAGCCUCAACCCUCGACCCCGUCUCAACACACAACGCCAUGCAGCGCGCCCACAGCCCGCUUUUCGCUCAAUCACUCUUACCAACACAUACAUUUGCCACGGCUCCCGAUGAUAUCGAUGUCGUGUUGCUACCUGGGGGGUUGGGCGCGAGGGGGGAGGAGAGUGAGGCGUAUAUGGGUCAUGUUGUGGCGUUUUUGAGGGGCUUGGGGUUGGGAAGGGGGGAGAAGGAAGGGAUGAAAUGGAUACUUACGGUUUGUACGGGAAGUGAGAUUUUAGCGCGGACAGGGGCGCUGCAUGGACGGCGGGCGACGACGAAUAAGAGCGUUUUUGGGGAGGUCAAAGCCACACACCCCCGUGUCAACUGGAUCCCCAAAGCCAGAUGGGUUGUCGACGGCAAUAUCUGGACGAGCUCCGGUGUUUCGGCCGGCAUGGAUCUGGCGUUUGCGUGGAUUGCACAUGUGUUUGGCCAGGAGCAGGCGCAGUAUCUGGCCGAUAGGAGCGAGUAUGAGAGGAAUCCGGAUGCAGACCGUGAUUGGUUUGCUGAGAGGUGGGGUGCUGUGUGAUAGUAGAGAUAGGGGGGGGGUUUGGGGGUGUAUGUGUACUGGAUGUAAUGUUU